UGAAGGUAGAACCACUCUGUGACCACAUGUGGAUCUGAAUUCACCUGGUGUUUCUCUGCUAUGGAUCAGAGUGAGGACAGAGAGGAGGGAGUCCCUCCCUCUAAAAGCUCUCUGUGUGGGGAACAUGACAGCCAGACCAAAGCUCAGAGGAUCCAUCAGCAGAGACCAGACUACCCUGAACCCAGCUGUGUGUCCAUGAAGAGUGACCGGUCUAUUGGUCAACUUAUUGACUUCAAACAUGGACAUCAGUCUGCUGAUCAGAGAGUUCAUCAGCAGAGCUCAGAGGUUCUCAGUGGUCAGUCUGUCCAGCAGCAUCAAACACAGCUGGACUACAUAUUUAUGCUGCUGGAGGAGAACAUCAGCAGGUUUGUGAAGAACGAGCUGAAGAAGAUGCAGAAGGCUCUGAGUCCAGAUGACCCAGAAUGCUUAGAGAGUCAGAGUGAGGAUGAGGAGGUGUUGGACGGUGAGGAGGAAGAGCAGAGGAGGAGCAGCAGAGAGGCAUUUGUGAAGAUCACAGUGCACUUCCUGAGGAGAAUGAAGCAGGAGGAGCUGGCUGAGCGUCUGCAGAGCAGAACUCUUGCUGCAAAGUGUCGAUAUAAACUCAAGUCUAACCUGCAGAAGAAGUUCCAGUGUGUGUUUGAGGGGAUUGCUAAAGCAGGAAACCCAACCCUUCUGAAUCAGAUCUACACACCGCUCUACAUCACAGAAGGAGGGACUGCAGAGGGCAAUGAUGAACAUGAGGUCAGACAGAUUGAAACAGCAUCCAGGAAACCAGACAGACCAGAAACAACAAUCAGACAAGAAGACAUCUUUAAAGCCUCACCUGGAAGAGAUAAACCAAUCAGAACAGUGAUGACAAAGGGAGUGGCUGGCAUUGGGAAAACAGUCUUAACACAGAAGUUCACUCUGGACUGGGCUGAAGACAAAGCCAACCAGGACAUACACUUCACAUUUCCAUUCACUUUCAGAGAGCUGAAUGUGCUGAAAAAGAAAAAGUACAGCUUGGUGGAACUUGUUCAUCACUUCUUUACUGAAACCAAAGAAGCAGGAAUCUGCAGGUUUGAAGAGUUCCAGGUUGUGUUCAUCUUUGACGGUCUGGAUGAGUGUCGACUUCCUCUGGACUUCCACAACACUGAGAUCCUGACUGACGUUACAGAGUCCACCUCAGUGGAUGUGCUGCUGACAAACCUCAUCAGGGGGAAACUGCUUCCCUCUGCUCGCCUCUGGAUAACCACACGACCUGCAGCAGCCAAUCAGAUCCCUCCUGAGUGUGUCGGCAUGGUGACAGAGGUCAGAGGGUUCACUGACCCACAGAAGGAGGAGUACUUCAGGAAGAGAUUCAGAGAUGAGGAGCAGGCCAGCACCAUCAUCUCCCAUAUCAAGACAUCACGAAGCCUCCACAUCAUGUGCCACAUCCCAGUCUUCUGCUGGAUCACUGCUAAAGUUCUGGAGGAUGUGUUGAAAAGCAGAGAAGGAGGAGAUCUGCCCAAGACCCUGACUGAGAUGUACAUCCACUUCCUGGUGGCUCAGUCCAAAGUGAAGAACGUCAAGUAUGAUGGAGGAGCUGAGACAGAUCCACACUGGAGUCCAGAGAGUAGGAAGAUGAUUGAGUCUCUGGGAAAACUGGCGUUUGAGCAGCUGCAGAAAGGCAACCUGAUCUUCUAUGAAUCAGACCUGACAGAGUGUGGCAUCGAUAUCAGAGCAGCCUCAGUGUACUCAGGAGUGUUCACACAGGUCUUUAAAGAGGAGAGAGGGCUGUACCAGGACAAGGUGUUCUGCUUCGUCCAUCUGAGUGUUCAGGAGUUUCUGGCUGCUCUUCAUGUCCAUCUGACAUUCAUCAAGUCUGGAGUCAAUCUGCUGGAAGAAGAACAAACAACAUCCUGGUGGUCUAAAGUCUUCAAAGAAAAACCUGAACCAACCCAUUUCUACCAGAGUGCAGUGGACGAGGCCUUAAAGAGUCCAAAUGGACACCUGGACUUGUUCCUCCGCUUCCUCCUGGGUCUUUCACUGCAGACCAAUCAGACUCUCCUACGAGGUCUGCUGGCACAGACAGGAAGUAGCUCACAGACCAAUCAGGAAACAGUUGAGCACAUCAAGAAGAAGAUCAGUGACAAUCUGUCUGCAGAGAGAAGCAUCAAUCUGUUCCACUGUCUGAAUGAACUGAAUGAUCGUUCUCUAGUGGAGGAGAUCCAACAGUACCUGAGAUUAGGAAGUCUCAACAAGAAGAAACUGUCUCCUGCUCAGUGGUCAGCUCUGGUCUUCAUUUUACUGUCAUCAGAAAAAGAUCUGGACGUGUUUGACUUGAAGAAAUACUCUGCUCCAGAGGAGGCUCUUCUGAGGCUGCUGCCAGUGGUCAAAGUCUCCAACAAAGCUCUGAUGAGUGGCUGUGAACUCUCGGAGAGAAGCUGUGCAGCUCUGUCCUCAGUUCUCAGCUCCCAGUCCUCUAGUCUGAGAGAUCUGGACCUGAGUAACAACAACCUGCAGGAUUCAGGAGUGAAGCAGCUUUCUACUGGAUUAGAGAGUCAACACUGUACACUGGAAACACUCAGUCUGUCAGGAUGUCUGAUAACAGAGGAAGGCUGUGCUUCUCUGGCCUCAGCUCUGAGCUGCAACCCCUCCCAUCUGAGAGAGCUGGACCUGAGCUACAAUCAUCCAGGAGACUCAGGAGAGAAGCUUUUGUCUGCUGGACUGGAGGAUCCACACUGGAGACUGGACACUCUCAGGGUGGACCAUGGUGGAGAGCAGUGGUUAAAACCUGGUCUGAAGAAGUAUUUCUGUGAACUCACACUGGACACAAACACAGUACACGGAAAACUCAAACUGUCUGAUAACAACAGGAAGGUGACACGUGUGGAGGAGGAUCAGUCAUAUCCUGAUCAUCCAGACAGAUUUGACUGCUGGCCUCAGCUGCUGAGUAGUAAUGGUCUGACUGGUCGCUGUUACUGGGAGGUCGAGUGGAGAGGAAGAGUUUAUAUAUCAGUGAGUUACAGAAGAAUCAGCAGGAAAGGACGCAGUGAAGACUGUUUGUUUGGAGGGAACGAUCAGUCCUGGAGAUUGUUCUGCUCUGAUGAAAAAGGUUACUCUGUCUAUCAUAAGAAGACAAGAACUUUCAUCUCCUCCUCCUCCUCCUCUGUCUGUAACAGACUAGCAGUGUAUGUAGACUGUCCUGCUGGCACUCUGUCCUUCUACAGAGUCUCCUCUGACACACUGAUCCACCUCCACACCUUCAACACCACAUUCACUGAACCUCUGUAUGCUGGAUUUGGAGUCUGGUCUGGUUCCUCAGUGUCUCUGUGUCCUCUGUCUGAGGUGAACACUCUCAGGGUGGACCAUGGUGGAGAGCACAGGUUAAAACCUGGUCUGGAGAAGUCAUUGAUUUACGGACUGAUUCCCUGCUUGCUUUUGACCUCCUCUCCUCGUGUCUUCCCUGGUAAACGCACCAGCCUUCUGUUCCUGACUUUGAGUAUGGCCUGUUCUUGUCUACCUGUGGCUGUUCCUGUCUACCUGUGGCUGUUCCUGUUCUCCGGCUUCGGUCCUGUCAGGAGAGCCCAGAAACUCCAGCUUGGUCCACCUCAUGUCCGUGAGUGCUACUGGCAUUAUCUUACCUGCUGUAACUGUCUUCAGUGA